GUUUUGCUUUUGCCUGCAGGAACGGAAAACUAAAGCCACACAGAGAACGGAAAACAAAGGAAUAUAGAUUACAAUUAAAUAAAUUCUUACGAUUUCAUCACAUCCAUCCAUCAAAAUCCAACGAACUCACCUCCAUUCUAUAUCUACGGUUAUGAAGCCUGCACGUCCACCCAACCACAUCCCAUGCAAAACCCUCCAAAGUCCAAAGCCAGGUCGCCUGGCACGCGGCAAAAUAUUAUAGAACGUGUAUAUCCAGCCAAAACGACACCAGAACCAAUUUUGUCUUUUUUGACCACACCAUCAACAAAAACCGCGUGCUAUUCACCCCCUGAAUUCGAAUCAAACCCAUAGGCCGACUCACGGCCGCCACUACUCGCCAAUGAUAAAUCCCACAACCAUUUCUUCUUCGCACAACCCUUAAUAGUUGAUAUAAAGACGUAUCGGAGCAGCCAUUGAUUCUCUAAUAUUACAGAAACAACGCUGUGAUGUGUAGAAGCAUGGGUUUUUUUAAUGGGUUCCAGCCCAGAAAUGGAAAUAGCUUGAAAAUCAAAGGUUUCUUUGUCCGCUUUUCGGGUUUCAAGUCAUGCAAGUCCUUGCCCGACUCCCUCACACUCCUCUAUCUCCCUCGCAUUAACGGAUCGGAGCUCCUUGUAGACGGGUGUGAGGUCCGCCCCGAUUCUCCUGCGUUCUUGACGCUCCAUCGGGUAGUUAAUGUCAAGACGAAGAAGGGAGAGGCAAUAUUUGGAUCAAGAGAGCGGGUUUGGGCAAGCGGGGGGAUCCGCUUCGAAGUUUACUUGGGAGAGGAGAGGGUCUUGGAGGGGAUUUUUAGGAAAGACGACGAGGAAUGGAAGCUGGAGUGUGAGUGUGGGCUUGAGAGAGAGCUUGUUGCCGGUGGUGGUGGUGGUGGUGGUGCCACUGAAGUGGAUACGGUGGGAGCGGACGUUUGCGUGGCGGUGGAGGGCCAUGUUGCGUUGAGUGGGAGAGCGGAGAUGGUGUCGAGGAGAAAGAAGGAAAGGAGGGUGGGGUUUGAUAGACUGGAGGUGAUUCCAGAGGAGACAGAGGAAGCGGAUGAUGAAUCUGUCGGUGAAAUUUGUUGUGAUUGCAAAUACCACAGAUGGAACGAUGGAGAAUUAGAUGAGGUCUGUGGCCCUGAUUGCAAUCUGAUGGAGAUGGAUUUGGAAGGAAUGAGAUGGGCAGUUGAUGUGGGGAUAUGGGUAAUGUGUUUGGGAGUUGGGUACUUGGUUUCCAAAGCGUCUGCUCGGAGCUUGAGGCGUCUCGGGCUGAGGCUGCUUUAGCCCAUUUUUGUGCUUUUAGACCCUUGGAUGCUUUGAUUCGUAAUUGUACAAAACAGAAAAAACUUCCACUGCAUGUUAUCAAGUUAAACAGUAGAUCGUCGAUUUCUAAAAAUUUUGUUUUUCUUUGCAA